UUAUAAACGAUUCUAUCCAUAGAUUAUACACUUAAUAAAAUAUAUUAGAGAAUUCUAUCUUAAAGUACAUAAGUAAAAGUUUUACUGCCUGUAAAGAUAGUGUAGGCACACCUACAGUCAAUUAAAUCAAUUAAAAUUUUAAUUACCUACGUACAAUGACUACAUUAUGGAAAUAAAUAAUGCGUUACAGAAAACGAAGUUUAAAAAAGAGAAUAUGCGCAGUUCAAAAAACCGCUAUUGCAAAUGGUUUGAAUAAUUUUGAAAUGAAACAAUUUGAUUUAAUUUGCGACUAUAAUCACAAUGAUAAAUCUGAGAAGUUCAACAAAAGGCUGAUUUUUGUAUUAUUAAUACUAUUUUUAUUGCCGUGGAUAUUGUUUGUACUGAAUAAUUUUAUGAGUGCAAGAUGUUUAGUACCAAGUAAUUAUUUAAUCUGGGAGGCAACUCGACCAUUAGCAAAUUGUGCCUAUUGUGAAAAUGUAACUAAACCCAUAGUGCUAUAUAAUGUAACUCGACAUGAAUUUAAUAAGUAUGCAUAUUCAACCGGACCAAUCAUAGUUAAAAAUGCCAUAAAAAGCUGGAGAGCAACCAAAGAAUUUAAUUAUAAGAUGUUUAAAAGACUGUAUGAAGAGACUGGAGGUAGCUAUGAGAGCUUGGAUGACGGAUGUCAAUUCUUGAAUUUUAAAACUGACUUGUUUAGCUUAAAGGAAGUUUUCAAUAUGCCUGAAGAAAGAGUGAAAAAUGAACCAGGACAAAAACCUUGGUAUGUUGGAUGGGGUAACUGUCAUCCAGAAAUACUAUCAAAGGUCAGACAGUAUUACAAUGUACCAGAUUUCUUACCAAGUGAUGCUGAAUUUUCUGGUACUGAAAAUAUUUUUUUCGGUUAUGAAAUUGGAGCAGUUAUGCAUUUGGAUUACAUAUCAAGAUUGAUGUGGCAGGGUCAAGUAAGUGGUAACAAAAUAUGGUCUAUUGCACCAGUACCAGAGUGUGAUCAUGUCUGUAAUGGUUUGGAGUUUUAUGUAGAAAAAGGUGACAUAGUAUUUUUGGACACUCGCAUCUGGUAUCAUUCAACAAGGAUUCCUGCAGGAGAAUUUUCUUUAACUGUCCAAUCAGAAUAUGGUUAAGUAUCUGAUAAGUUUGAAACAAAUAGUCUUUUUACCAAUAUAACAAAUAGCUUGUCUGUUUUUAUGGUUACUGUUAAAAUAAUGCAUGCAAUUGAAAUGAAAUUCUGAGAUUUAUGAAGGUUUUGAGUACAAAUUUAUGAUUACAUAUCCAAUGCCAAAUAUUGUCAUUAAUGAUUUUGAUAUAGAUUUAUAAUUUAUUUAGUGUGCCAUUUAUAUAAGUGCAACUUAUUAGCUUUAAAUGAUUGCAAUUUUUUAUGAAUAUAUUGCUAUUUAUUUAUUAUAGAUUUAAGAGUGUACCAUGUUUUAAAUUAAAUUCUUAUACAUUUA